AUGCCGAGAUCUCGUAUUACUGCAGCUCUUCCUCCAGCAGCAACCCUAGCUGUUUCCAAAGCUCUGGAUGAAGUGUACCAGCCUCUGGUGAAAUACUUACUAGGCAGGGCGACUCGUCUUACUACCCGGCCAUUGAUUGUCGGCAUAUCUGGUGGACAAGGGAGUGGCAAGACAACCACCACCAAAGUAGAUCGUGUGUGCAUUCAUGAUUUCCAGGAGCACCAGCCUACAGAGGGUCGAGCUAGGAAGGCGAAUGAUACCGGUAUAGAGGCUUUGAGCAUCCGAGGGCCUCCAGGGACCCAUCAGACGCAACGACUGCUGAAGGUAUUGGCUCGUCUCCAUGACCCCAGCUCUUGCAAUCACGAGCUUGUCCUUCCUCGUUUCGACAAGGCUUUGGAUACCACAGUAGAAGACGAGACGUUCCCUGCUCUCCGACCUGGUGAUAUAUUCCUUCUGGAAGGCUGGUGUGUUGCCGCCCCUCCGCCUCCUACCGAUGAGUCCACGGCUGCUCUCAACAGCCUCGAUGCGGAUCUGAGGUUCCGUGAGUUCGUCGAUGAGGAACUUCGAGGAGAUUAUUCUGAGAUUUGGUCACAACUCGAUGUCCAUAUUCAUCUACAGGUUCCGAGUUGGACUUGCGUUUUGCGAUGGCGACAAGACCAGGAGGAUGAGCUCCGUCGUAAAGUAGGAGGUGAUGGUAUCGAUGUGAAGGAGUUUUGCAGAGGAUACGAACGCAUUACCAGGAGAAUGCUGAAAUCAUGUCCAGACGAAGCCGAUGCCGUAAUAUUCCUAGGAGAAGACCAUUCCAUUGCUGGUUGUAAGAUACGCAACUGA